CGGCAAAACCGAUGAUCAGUGAACUGUUCCUCGGCGACACUGAUUCGGGAUCAUGAUGUCGGCCACGUUUUCAGAGCAGCAGCAGAAGGAUUUGGCCAAGAGGAUCACAUCUUUCCUGUCCAGAUACAAACACAUAUCCGACUCCUACAUAAUUGAGUUUUUCACUGAGAACCUCUGGGAGACAUUGCCAGAAGGAUGGCAGAGAGCUCUGAGUGAUCUGACAGCACCUCAGAUUGCAGAUCUGCUACUGGACAAGGACAUCAACAACAGAAUUUAUCCUUCUGUCUGGCCUCUAUCUUUAAUUGCACUUCGAGCCACAGCUCACACGCUAGCCUUUCCACGCACACCUCCAGGCCACCAAGUGCAGGACACAGUGGGUCUACAGAAACCAGAGGAGUUUAUUUCCAAUAGAAGCCAGAGCUCUCUGCUUGGUCACAUCUUCCGAAAACAUGUGAAACCCAAGAAACAGCAUGAGAUCCGCAAGCUUGGAACAUUGGUUAAGCAGUUGUGUGACCAAACUCGGUGUACCAGUGUAGUUGAUGUUGGUUCUGGGCAGGGCCAUUUGACCCGUUUUCUGUCCUUUGGACUCGGUCUAGAUGUUACUGGUAUUGAAGCUGAUCCCAACCUAGUUUCUAUGGCCUCCAGAUUUGAUGGACAGCUCUUGUUGACACUGGCCAAAGAGAAUCAAAAGACUGGCGUAUCUCAGCUCUCAACAGCUGGUCCUGCACCUCAGCAUGUGCUUGGCUGGGUCAACCCCAGAGCCACCUGGGAGGUCUUCCUCCAGCAGCUGGGCCAAGGGGGAGAAGAAAGUGAGAGUUAUCCAGGCACAGUUGGACCGUGUAAAAAGAGACAACGGGUAUCAGUGUCAGACCAGGGACCUGAGGUUGAAAGGGAGCUUGUUCAUGGAAGCCAACACUUGUGCACUGAAGAAUGCAGCUCAGUAGCUGAUACUGAAGAGAGACAGUCUUCAUCUCUGCUUCACCAACACGAUGGAGAUAACUCUGACCGUGCAGCCCAAUCACUCACUGUGACAGCAGAACCUCGCUUUCACAGUAGUUCUGUUUUAAGCCAUCUCCGUAAGGAGGACUCUUUGAAUGAGUCACCUGUAGGUGCUAUGCCCAACAUUACCUCUGGAUGGACUUCAGCCAUAUGCCCCGAUGUCCGUUCUUGUAAUAAAAGACCCAACAGCUCAGAUUUUGUCCUGACUGGGCUUCACGCUUGUGGAGACCUGAGUGCUACUCUCCUCCGUCAUUUUGUUAACUGCCCCCAUGUUCAAGCAAUCACCUCUGUAGCAUGCUGCUAUAUGAAGAUCACUACCAAGGAGAACCCCACUCCUCCUGGAGUUGUCCCACCUCCUCUCUCUGACAACUCAAACGAUGUGUCACAGUCCUUUGGUUACCCAAUGAGUGAGUGGGUGAAAGGGUUGGCUGAGCAUGAGCUGUCUUAUAAAGCUCGAGAGGGGUCAUGCCAUGCAGUAGAAGACUAUAUCCGUAGACUAAGAGAGGAAAGUGCGUUGCUGAAAACACAUUGCUAUAGAGCAGCGCUGGAGAGCAUCAUAAGAUCAGAGAGGCCUCAGCUGCGCAGAGCUGGCAUCCAGACCAUCAAAAAAGCCCAUAUGCUGUCAUUUUCAGAGUAUGCCCGUUUGGGACUGCCCCGUGUGGGACUGCCUGCUGACCUGCCCUUUGACCGUGUCAGUGUGGAAGGCAUGCUGGAGCAGCAGGGGAGAGUGGUGGUGUAUUUUAGCCUGGCUCUGCUGCUGGCUCCAGUGGUGGAGACCCUGGUGCUGCUGGACAGAAUGUUGUUUCUGCAAGAGAGAGGUUUUCAGAGCCAGCUAGUUCCUCUGUUUGAUCCAGCCCUUUCCCCUCGAAACCUUGUGUUGGUGGCAGUAAAACCAAAAGCAGAUGGAGAAGAGACUCAUUAGUGGAGCAGUUCCAAGUCAUCUGCAGUUACUAUUCAGAACCUCAAGACUGGGUUUGUUUAAAAAGAGGUUGCACAGAUUACAACAAUCCAAACCUGCUUAUUAGGGAAAUAAUGUCCAUGAAAGCAGUGGUCUGAAUUUAAACUUGCUUAUCAGACAUUUUUUUUCUGACCAACCUCUCCUCCGACAAGCAUUUUCCAUUGAGUUGUUCCAGCAGAAUUUUCUGGCUUUAUUAUCUGCUUUUCUGGACAAAACCAGGUCCUGAACUAAAUAAUACUGCCAGCAGAAUUUUAUUUGAAAGUUCUUUUUAGUUUGAUUAUGCCUUUUUCCAAUGUCCAAACAACAGACUGUCCCAGUAUUUUAUGUCAGCAGUGACACAGCCUCAUGCAAUACUUGAAUUUGUCUAAAUUGUGUUAUUGCUGUUUUUUAGUAUUUUUAAAUACAUUAUAAAUCUGUGUCUGUUGGUUUAUGAACAAGUUUGAGACACCAGAUUAUUCCUCCUUGCUGCUAAGACUAAAAUAUCUGAGAAAAGACAGAUGGUGCAGGCACAGACCCCACUGCUUCUCACAUAGUUACCAGAAUGGAUGUGUUACACGGGUUGUUUUACAUUAAUGACUCUGAUUAAUUACCAGGUUUGAUACAUGAUUAACUUACUAGAUGGACCUGGGCAAUGAUGUCUUAGAUUACUACUGGGUUUUGGACCUUGGCAGCCUCUGGCUAUUGUGCCUUCCCUGAGACCUAAUCGCAUUAAUGAAGCUAUCAGAGCUCAGGAUCUCUGGCUCAUCUCAUAAAACAUUUAAAAUGGUGCAAAAAUGAACUCAAUCUGUACAACACUACAGUGGGUAAGAUUUGAGAAUAGCUGCAAAUUAACAGAAGUAAUAGGACCAGUGUCAAUGUCUUGAGCAACACCUUUUACAAGAAAAUUGCAUACAUUCAUUUGCUAAACCUUAAGAUUUAAGCAUAUUUAUUUAUUUAUUUAUUUUUUUACUUGCUUUAGAGCUGGUUUCCCUAACCUGCAUCCCAGCUUGGAGUGUACAUGCACACGUCUUAUAUUAAAAGACAAAAUCUGGUUGUGCAGCAAAACAGUUGUGAGCGAUGCACCCCAAAAUCAAUAUUAAGCUCAAGAUACUAGAGCCGAAAGUCUCAGAAAAGACAGUCAAGGAAGCAGUUAAGUCCAUAAUUCAAAUCAUUACCUCAUCUCGCAUCAGCAUGUAUGAACAAAUUUCACCUGUAGAUGGCACCCUUGCUCAAUACAAACUGGAUCUAUACAAUAAGCUGUGCUAUAUAUCCGUCCGACCUCUGCAUGCUAUGCUCACCUUAACUUCAAAGCUUA